GGCCCCCGCGCUGAGCUGAGCCGCCUUGCAGAGUUCAGUCGGGCUGGGAGAGAGAAAGAGAGAGAGAGAGAGAGAGAGAGAGGAAUGCACUGGGAUGCGGAGCGGCAACCACUGUAGGAAACCGACGCAACAACUCGCUCACUAUGGACAGCAAUGAUCCAUAUUUACACCUCAGUCCUUGGGGAAUGGCAGAGACAUGUGGAUGGGAAAGCACGGAGAGAAGGAAACCCAUGAUACAGAAAGAACAGAGCAGACCCCCCUCAGGGGCUUCACUUAUACGUUGUUACUCGGCAGGGCCAAUGAAUGCAGGCCACGCGCAUCCCCCUUCCAUGGCUGGCAUGGUGGGACAUCCUUCAGUCAUCAGCAGCUCCAGGCCCCUACCGUCCCCCAUGUCCACCCUGGGCUCGCCGAUGAACGGCCUGGCAUCGCCUUAUCCCGUCAUCACGUCGUCUCUGGGAUCACCCUCCAUACCCCUCCAGUCUACUCCCAACAUGAACUUUGGACCAAUCAGCAGUCCACAGAUGAACUCAAUGAACAGUGUUAGCAGUUCGGAGGACAUCAAGCCUCCGCCAGGCCUGCAGUCCCUGGGAAACAUCAACUACCAAUGUACAAGCCCGGGGGGGAUGUCAAAGCACAUCUGUGCUAUCUGCGGGGAUCGCUCUUCAGGAAAGCACUAUGGUGUGUACAGCUGCGAAGGCUGCAAAGGCUUCUUCAAGCGCACUGUCCGUAAAGAUCUCACCUACACGUGUCGAGACAACAAAGAGUGCCUGAUAGACAAGCGCCAGCGGAACCGCUGCCAGUACUGCCGCUAUCAGAAAUGCCUGGCCAUGGGCAUGAAGAGGGAAGGUGUGGGUGUGUGUGCAGCCGUGCAGGAAGAGAGGCAGCGCGGGAAGGAGCGUGGCGAGAACGAGGUGGAAUCCACCAGCAGUUUCAACGACGACAUGCCGGUGGAAAAGAUCCUGGAUGCUGAGCUGGCUGUGGAGCCCAAAACGGAGACGUACAGCGAUGGCAGCCCCGGAAACUCGACCAACGACCCCGUCACUAAUAUCUGCCAGGCAGCAGACAAGCAGCUCUUCACCUUGGUGGAGUGGGCCAAAAGGAUCCCACACUUCUCUGAGCUCCCUCUGGACGACCAGGUCAUCCUGCUUCGAGCAGGCUGGAACGAGCUGCUCAUUGCCUCUUUCUCGCAUCGCUCAGUCACGGUUAAAGACGGCAUCCUGUUGGCUACAGGUCUACACGUGCACAGAAGUAGCGCCCACAGUGCAGGAGUGGGAUCCAUCUUCGACAGAGUCCUCACAGAGUUGGUCUCCAAAAUGAAAGACAUGCAGAUGGAUAAGACAGAGCUGGGCUGCCUGCGAGCCAUCGUCCUAUUCAACCCAGAUGCAAAAGGUUUGUCAAACCCAUCAGAGGUGGAGGCACUAAGGGAAAAAGUCUACGCGUCAUUGGAGUCGUAUACAAAACAGAAGUACCCCGACCAGCCUGGCAGGUUCGCCAAAUUGCUGCUGCGCCUGCCAGCUCUGCGCUCCAUCGGCCUCAAGUGUUUGGAGCAUCUGUUCUUCUUUAAACUAAUCGGGGACACGCCCAUUGACACUUUCCUGAUGGAGAUGCUGGAGGCUCCGCAUCAGAUCACAUGACACCAGUCCUCCUCUCCCCUUCCCCUGUAAAUACCCCCACCUUGUGAGCGAUGUGAAGAUGGAUUGAAGAAAAAAAGGAGAGACUUGAUCGAAACUGUUAAACUGUUUUCUACCAAGUAAAGCAAUGUGAUUAAAGUAACAGUGAUAUUUUCCAGUUGUUUGGAGGAGAAUCCUAUAUGCACACAAAUUCUGAUAGAUUUGGUAACAGAUUUUGUAAAUAGAUGAUUUGUUGUAUUUGUUUUAAAAGCAUCCCAAUGCAAAUUACAGAGGAAUAAUUUUAUUCUAAGAGAGAGAAAAAAACAAACAACAAAAAAAAAAAAAAACAUUUCAUAAAAGAACACGUUUAAAGCUUCUUACAGAAUAAAGUUAUUUAAAAUGUGA